UCAGUCAUCGCUGAGCUGUGGAAAUACUCUGUGGAAGUCACCUCGGCCCCACGCUGCGCGCAGCUUUCCAUACGGGGCGGGGUGCCGCUCUCUCCGGCGGCGCAGCUAGAGCGCAAAGCGCACCGUCAUCAGCUGCUUGCUCCGCGUCGUCUGCCCGUCACACAGCUGAAAACAUGGGUCUGGAGAAGGAGAGGUCGGACACGAGUAUAAUUAUGGACGAGGACGAGUUCAACAGAUCGAUCGAGCCGAUUCUGUCGAAGAAGGGAAACGUGUACGCGGCGGUGCAGGACCGGGAUCCAAACGAUAUCAACUCGAAACUAAAGGUUGGUUUUGACGACAUCAUCGCGGAGCCCCUCUCCACGCACAGCUUCGACAGAGUGUGGAUCGGAAGCCACGCCGUCUUCGAGCUGGUCAAAUACGUCUUUUACCGCCUGCUGACCACUCUGCUGGCCGUGCCCGUGGCUUUCAUCCUCGGGGUGUUCUUCGGGAUCCUCAGCUGCAUCCACAUCUGGUUGGUGAUGCCUGUGAUCCAGAGCUGCAUUAUGCUCUUACCGUCCGUCCAGAUCGUGUGGAGGAGUCUGAUGGACACUUUUGUUUCCCCGCUCUACUCCAGCAUGGGGAAGAGCCUGUCCUCCGUUCAAGUUAAGAUCACUGAGGACUGAUGAAGACGACCUCUCUCUGUCUCUCUGUCCCAGGAGAGGAAGAAAAAUAGGACGUGUUACAUGAAAAAAAAAAAAUGUUCUAAAAGUAAAGUUAUUUUAAAGAAAUUUUGUAGACGACUGAAACAACUUCAGAGUAGAAUGAUUUUAGGAUUAAGCGUGGAUUAUAUAGUCUGACUGCAGGUGACAUACUGCAUACAUACUGUAGCGCUUGUUUGAACAUAAUUUCACUCACCUUAUUUUAAUGUUAAAAUUCAGAUACACAGCAUUGAAACAGCAGUUAUUUGUGUCCUCUAAACUGAACAUCCAAUUUGAUUGCAGAAUAUUUAUAUACAGGGUUCAGUGGUUGUGAUGGUACUAAAACACAAUAACCACACCAGAGAGGCAGUGAUGUCAUAUCAGUACUCACUUUAUAUUAUAAUUUUGCAUAUUGCACCUUAAAAAACAAAAACAAAAAAAAACAGACUGUAGCCUAGAAAGAAGGAUUUCAUUCCCAUCAUUUUAACUGCUGCAUCUUUAAAUGUCAUGGGAGCCGAGAUAGGUUGAGAGGUGUGGUCCACAGCUGGACGUGUGACCAUGAACAAAUAGUAACAUACCCUAGUUUCUGUAUCACUAAGCAGAUAACAUUGAGGUUUUAUAGGAGCUCGAAGCUGAGUUGUUUUUCUGAUCGUGACCAAAAUAAAUUCUUGUCAUUCCAUUAUUUUUGCCUGAGAGAGAAAGAGAGAGAUGUGGAUUUUUUUCAUAGCUCAGUAGGAGGAGAGUAAACGUAGAGUAGCGACUGCUCACUUAUAUAAAGAUGUAAUAUUUCUGCUUCCUUUUCAUGUUGUAUAUUUUGCAAAGAGUUCAGCUAUAAUUUGAAUGUAAUGAGCUGGACCAGAGACAGUCAGACAGAUUUUUUUUUUUAUCAUCAUUAUUAUUAUUAUUAUUAUUAUUAUUAUUAUUGUUAUUAUUAGAUGCUUGUACAGUAGAAGCCCACGGCUUGUUGCACAUGUUGUUUUCACUGUGCAUUGGCAAUAACAUGAUACAGAUGCUUAUGAUAGCGUACAUGUACGAGAGUUGUUGUAACAUGUUACAGAAACAUGUCAGAGAAAGGACUCAGAUUAUUGGACCGGGGUGACUCUGAUUUCUUUUUUUUUUGAUUGAUGCUUUUGAAGUGUUAUUAAAGAAGUUCACGUCAGUCACCACAGAUUGAUGAAGACGUGAUACUGUCUGUUUGAAGCCUCAUCUGAGCUGAGACUGUGGUACAUGCAUAGUUUGUGAACUUUGAUUGACUGUGGAUGAGAUAAAUUAGUUUCAGGUACAAGCUCGCACAGUUCCACCACCUGCUGCGAGCUGUACAAUCUCAAUUGUACUGUAUGUGACGCAGAGAUCGUCUGUCUAAUGUUGGAAAACCAGAAUAUGACCUGGGUUUUUGUCUUGUUUUUGCACAAUGAGACAGGCACUUUUUUCCAGCACCUCUGUCAGAGUCACUGAUGUUGGACGGCUGCCACGUUGCCAGCUAAUAUUGUGCUAGUGGAAAAAAACAAAUGUAUUUAGCUCAGGGUUUUUUUCUACAUAACAUGUUGCCCUAAACAGCCUCAGUCCAGCUAAUCUUCAUACGUCAUAUAAUCAUUUCUGGACAAAUAAAUCAUAACUGUGUAUUAAAUUCUCGUAGCUGGUUUUUAGCUUUAUACUCAAAAUACAACUAUAUUCGUUGACUUUAAAAAGGCCAAAUGUGUUACUUCUCACCGAAAUAAAGACUUCUUUUCCUCAA